AUGGGGUACGACAAGCGCGAACUCCCCGAUUUCCUCGAGCACGUAGACGACUGCACGACGGCCGCUAUAGCUGAGCACCUGCCACUGGUCACCCGGUCGAUCGUAUCGAUAGAUAGACUUCGGUCCUAUCUUACUACGGAAAGACUGCGACGGCUCUUGCUAUACGUAGGCAGCUCCACCGGCCUUGAGGAUCCUGUCCGAACCAGAUAUCUAGCUGUAUUCGCAAUCCUACUUUCGAUAAACAAGGGUAUCUACCUACCAAUGUUCGUGCAACACGAUCACAUGGCAGACGCAGGACUACCUUUUCUGACCUGCCACGCAUGGCCGGACGUUUGCCAAGACAUAUUCGAUAAGUUCUACAAAGCACAGUGGAAGUUCUGUCCGAAACGGCUCAUUUUCGACCAGCUGCACGACACAUGGCUACACCAGAAUAUGGUCGUGCCCUUCAAGCAAAAAGAACUUUUGAAAGAGGGUGUGGACGCGAUCAUCUUCAAAGUGGAGGUGUUUGAGGAGUACAACCAGCUUGUCGCAGUAGGUCAACAGCGUGCGCGCGCACAAGUCAACACAUUUGUCGAAGCCUACCGAACCCUACUAAGUCAUCCGAGUGGCCGAGAUGCAAUGCAACAUAUGGCCCGCUUCUAUGGUUCAUGGACACAGGGUGAAACUUGUAACAUACUGCGUGAAUAUGUGAGCGGCGGCACACUCACGAACUUCUUCGAACGAACCGAACCGCCGACAACAAAAGACGAGAUCCUCGAAUUCUGGAAAAACUUCAUACAAUUCAUCAAGCCAAUAGCAUGCAUACAUCACCUUCCGAAUCCGCACAAUCCUCAUUCAUACAAAGUCGGACUACAUAACGACAUCAAACCGGACAAUAUUCUCGUUUCCGAAGUCCGCGGGAACAGCCCGUAUAGUGUCUCGUUCAAACUGGCAGACCUCGGUCUCGCCGGGUUUGUGGUGGCGGAUGAGUCGGACGAGACGCGACUUCGUGAUGUGCACGGAACGAAGAUGUACAGUGCGCCAGAAUACUUCCGCGGGGAGACCGACAGGUCUCGACAACAGAGCAUCAAGCAAGCUCGCCCAGCUAAGGAUAUCUGGGCCUUGGCUUGCGUGAUUAGUGAAGCCGCGGUAUGGUCUGUGUUUGGCCAAAGAGGGUUGGACGACUACCAUUACCGACGAGUAGAAGCUGCUGAUGCUAUUCCGACACUCAGGAAUACAGGCUAUAGCGGCUGCUUUCACGAUACUACGAAAGUACUCUCCGCGGUGGGCGACAUGCACAAGGAGGUGAACUACCGAUGCCGAGCGAACAUAGACAACGUCGUUGGCUCGGUCCUGCUUAUUGUCAGCGGAAUGAUGAUGCAAGAUCCGACCAAAAGACCGGACGCGGGGACAGUUUACGAUGCUCCUGAUACUACGCAUGAGACGCACUGGAGUCCGCUGUCUCCUAUCAAUAGUGCUGCUCCGCAGCCCAAUGCGCCCGUCCGCCAGGAAACCCGUCCUUCAGCUUCCAUUGCUCAGGUUCUGGAGCACAUAAGAAAGAAGAAGGCGCACAUAUACACCACACUACCAGGCGAGGAGUGGCUAAAUAGACUGCAUGGUAGAGACCAGAUCUUUCUCAUUGACGACUCCGAAUCAAUGCGGCAACACUGGGGUGAAGUCAAAAGCGUCUUCGAGGCUCUAGCGUACCUUGUCAAACCCAUGGAUCGAGACGGCAUCGAGUUACAUUUCGCCAAUAGUCGCGAACUUAAUGGUCGUGAGAAGCAUCGCAAAGGACUCACCAAAAGAUUGGAGAAGGUGAAACCCAAUGGUCAGUGUCAGAUGGGUAUUGCGCUGAGCGAUAUUCUUCCCAAAUACUACCAGAACCAGCAUCAAACUCCCUCAAACAAGCGAACAUUCGGGUCUCCACGAGUAGUGGAAAAGCCCCCAGUCAACAUCUACAUUCUCACCGACGGUGUUUGGUCGCCAGGUCAACAUUGUCUUUCAGUCAUACAAGGACACAUCACCCGCCUAGCCCAUCACCUUGCUGAAACUGGCAGGUUUGAGCAUGUUGGCAUCCAAUUCAUCCGCUUUGGAGAUGAUGAGACCGGGAAAGAGCGCCUGGAGAUCCUCGACAACGAUGAACUGAAGCACUACAAAGUUCCCAUAGACAUUGUCGACACGGAACCUUCUACCGGCAAUGUCUUCAAGAUGCUACUCGCGAGUACUGAUCCUUCCUGGGAUAACGAGCCUAGCGGCUGA